AUGGAUGGCAGCGGGGCCCAGCGGAACGGAGUUCAAGACGAGUGGAAUCCUGUCAACGUGCCACCACUACCUUCACAUGUUGAGGCCAACAUCUUUGCCAGCAACGCGCCGUGGCCGUUCGGUUCUGUCGAGCUCGACCAGGCCGCGGACCGCAACGGUGGAGGCCCAGUCGUCGCUGAGAGCGCGUCUGGUUCGGAACACAAGCAGCCCUCGGAUGCGGGCCAGCCCACAUCCAGCCCACCAAUCCCCCCACACACGAUCGCCAAGCCCACCCCAUCGACGCAGAACAACGCGGAUCCCAGUCCUGCCAACUCGCAGUUGAACCUCCCCGAUAUGGUCGACUUUGGUUUCACGCCGUCAACAAAUACCGCCAUGUAUGACCCGCUGCCAGUCGCUCUACCCUCUCAGAUGGCACCGCCAACGGAUCCUCUGCUCAUCGGCCAACCUCAGGAAGGCUGGAGCCUUGUUGUUGAACCCGACACGUUCUUGUCCGGCCUCGAGGGUAUCUCGACCCUUCCAUUAAACAAGUACCACGCCACGGCAACCUCAACCACUGGGAUGCCUGAAUCUCUUGCCGACCUGCGCCGUGCGGGCAACCUGACAUACGAGAAUGAGAUGAAUCUUCUCUCGACGUAUCUGGGGGAGAUAAUUCGAUAUCUCGAACCGUUCGCUGCGUCCCGCGAGAACCCGACGCCGACCCACCCUCCCCCGUUUCUCCACACCCGUAUAUUACGCCUGGCCGUGAUCGUGCGCAACUGCAUACGGGACUUGGAAAAGAGUUCGCAACCCUGUCUCGACGCAACGUUCCGUCACGCGCCUCCUGGUGUUGAGCAGACCGAGGCGGACAAGGAGAUGGCUGCAAUCCGGGAUCGUCGACAGGAGCUAAUGAAGAAGCAGGACGUCAAGCUGAAGCAGACCAACAACAACGGCAUGCCAUCCAGUGUAGGCCCAAACCGGCUACCGCCUCCCCGUCCAGGCGUGAACAUGGGUUCGGGCCCUCCGCGGCCCUACAUCCACACCGGGCCGCGCGACGUCUACCGCUGCGCGGGUUGCAACACGACCCAGUCACUAGAGUGGCUGACCGGGCCGGACGGCUCCCAGAGCCUUUGUCACUCGUGCGGGCACCAGUAUGAGGUACUCAAUCAUGCGCGACAGGGCGACCCCGACUUCUCUACCAUUCCAGUACCCGGACACAAUUCCAACCUCGUCGGCCUCAGGCCGAAUUAA